ACCUCACACCCUUUGGAACUCUCUCCCACGCAACCUUUCCAUACGCAAACUCACACACUCGCAAGCCAAUCUCUUCGAGUAUCAUUGAUAUUCCAACAAAUCAAUCAAACACUUUCAACACCAUUCAAACGACAAAGUCUCAGCACUAGUCAAAAUGCACUUCCUUUCGAGCACCCGUCUCAUUGGAGGCAUGCUUGCUGCAUCCCUCGCAAUCCUUGCCGGCGCUGAGCCCAUCCCAGUCCCCACUGAUGUCGGCUCUGUCAAGACUGACCAGUACGCCUACUUUUGCUGCCAGGUCGACUGUGUUCUCUGCCAGAACACCGACUGCAGCGGUGGCAAGGCCUGUACCAACAAGAGUUUCAACACCUGCUGCGAGACUAACCUCAAGGAGGUUGCGGAGAACGAGACUCUGCACUUCAACGCCAACGGCCAGCAGGUCCUCUUCGUCAGCCCUGCUGCCGCUUAGAUCCGAGGGACACGGAACCUAGAGGAGGAGAAGGAUACUAGGGAGGAGGUGUCUUUGCGGUGACUUUGCGACGCAUGGAGUCGCGGAUAUGAUAAAAUAGGUAGCUUCAUUCAAGUUCUUCUACCU